AUGCUGAUGAUGCGCGCCCCGGGUCCCGGACUGGGGCGGCUGAUGCUCACGAUGCGCGUCCUUUGGCUUGGUCGUGAAAUCAAGAUGCUUGCUGACAACGUGAAGUUGAGAGUCCACAUCCCACCACAUGACUGCGACCGGAUACAUCAUACAUUGGCACUGCGUUGGCAAGAGGAGCAUCGGCAUCGGCGCACGGCUCAGCUGACAGAAGCCCGGCAGCUGCGUGAGCAGCAGGACCGCGAAUACGAGGAGGCGCUAUUUCAAGACCAGCUCGCAGCGGUACGCCGCGCCGAGGGUGAGGAGUCUCAAGCGUCCCCUGCAGCAGAUGCAGUGGCUCAGGAAGAGGCUGCAGGCGAGGAGGAGCGGAGGGCGAAACAGAGAGCAGCUGAGGAGGCUGCGGCUGCUGCAGAAGCAGAGGAAGAGGCACGGCGUAAACAGCGCGGUGCAGAGAUCCUCGCAAUUCCUGAACCCGCCACGGGUGCCGAACCCACUGCAAGGAUUCGGCUCCAGCUACCCUCCGGCGAGCGCCUGCAACGGAACUUUCGAGCAGACCAGUGUUUGGAAGAGGUCUACGAUUGGGCGCACUGCUGCCGCCCACAAGCAAAGCCGAAGCGCUUCGAGCUUUGCAUCAGUUUUCCGGCCAGAACUCUGACAGAGCGGUCAGCCACUCUCCAGGAGUUGGACUUGGUUCCCAGUGCUGCGCUGGUGCUGCGUGAAGCAGAAAGCUAG